AUGCGAACCCGUCCAGCAUGGCGCGUCCUCACGAGUCUACGAGCUCCUCAAUGCAAAUAUCGUAGCUUUGCAUCUGUGUCUGAACCUUCUCCAAUCAAAGUUCAACACCAACCGGCGCCGCACUCUGGUAACAUUCGUAUUCUUCUCCUCGACAGGCCUACUGCUCGAAAUGCCUUGUCGCGCAGACUCGUCGCCGAUCUGAAGCGUCAUGUCAACGAGAUCCAGGCGGAAGGUGGUGCAGGCCCCACAAGAGCGUUGAUCAUCGCGUCCAAUACAGACAAAGCCUUCUGCGCCGGUGCAGACCUGAGAGAAAGAAAGGAGAUGACACAGGAAGAGACCAGAGAAUUCUUAACCGACGUGCGGAACACCUUUACCAAUCUGUCUAAUCUCCUUGUCCCUACCAUCUCCGCUAUAUCUUCAGUCGCCCUCGGAGGUGGUUUGGAACUCGCGCUCUGCACCACAUUUCGGGUUUUUGGAUCCUCUGCUGUUGUAGGGCAACCCGAGACAAAGUUGGCAAUCAUCCCAGGAGCAGGAGGGACCUACAGACUACCUGCAUUGAUUGGGGUCAGCCGAGCACGCGACCUUAUCCUUACCGGUCGGCGAGUUGGAGGGGCAGAAGCAUAUUUUCUGGGGUUGUGCAACCGACUUGUGGAAAUUACUCCUGAAGAGUUGACUGAAGAUGAUAAGGCACGGCAAAAGGUGCUAGCAGCCAGUUUACAGCUUGCCAGUGACAUCUGCGAUGGAGGCCCAAUUGCUCUGACACAGGCAAUGCGUGCAGUCAGCGGAUGGCAGCGGGGAGAGGCUGCCGAAAACGAAGCCUACGAGGUCAUCCUGAAGACGGAGGACCGAAUGGAAGCAUUGAGAGCAUUUGCAGAGAAGAGGAAGCCAGCCUUCAAAGGCAGAUGA